AAUCUUUCUUGAAAUAGACUGGUGACGCCAAUGGAACAUUUUUUUGUUGCAAUCCUGUGACCCUAUCCAUUACUCUUUCUCGAAAACAUCAUCAGUCGGUCGGUCGGGGAGAUAAGACAUCUAAAGGCGCGGAGAGUGAGAGAGAGAAAAGAGAAAAGAGAAAAGAGAGAGUCCAUGUUUGGUGGCAAAGGCAUGGGAGGUGGAAGCGGAGGAGGAGGCAUGUUGAGGACUGUUGGAAGAGCAGUUACUUCUACAAGAACAACCGGCGUGGCUGCCGGCGGUGCUCUUCAGGAACCCAUUUCGUCAUCCGCUAACACUCACAAUACUUCUUCCACUACUGCUACCAGUCCAACCUCCAGGACUACCCAUAAGCCCGGUUCCUCAACCCACCUUUCUCUCUCUUCCACUUCUUCACCUUUUGCUUCACAUAAUAUUCCCAUUUCUGCAGCUUCUGGGGUACCCACAUGGCCUCCUCCUUUGUCUCAGUGCGAUGAGUUUGACUGGGUGGCUGUGGAUGGGGUCGAAGAUGAGAAGCCACAUGGGUAUUUUGAUGAUUUUGUUCUUGGCCCUGUUCCUUCCAAGGAUGAAGUCCAGGACGCUGUCUCUGCUCUCCAACAGGUGUUUGAUCCUGCCAGAAACUCCAAGCUUGUCUGGGACAAAUAUGCUUUUGAUUUGGACAAGGAUGUAGCUGAUCAAGUUAAAACUCCUACUGGGUCAGAGUUAGACUGGAUGGAGCCCUCGCCGCAUCUCUGUAAUUCAAGAACAUUGCAACCUCACGGAUCUGAUAGAGUUUAUGAUGCUUUUCAUUUAUUGCAUACCGAACCGUCUGUUCAGAAAAUGGUCAUAUCAUUAUCAUCAGAUAAAGCAGUUUGGGAUGCGGUUAUGAAUAAUGAGGUGGUGCGGGAGCUCAGGGACUCAUACUAUGCAGGCUGCGAUGCGCAAACAUAUGUAGGACUUGAACAUAAUCAAGAUGCAGUUGAAAAAAUGACUCCCCUGGAUCCAGAUGAGAGUUCUGGGAAUUCCGAUGACUCCAAUGAAGCAACGAAUAUAUUAAGGUGGAUUUUUGACAACACCAAGGCUAAGUUCAUGGAGGCGAUCAAUAAAAUCACAAAGCUCAUGAACAACUUAUUUCAGUCCGCCGAUGAUGAGAAGACAACGGCAGGAGCCACCGAUCCCUUCAAGGAAAAGCUGAAGUCAUCGUUCCUACUCUCGGUUAUGGUCCUGUUGGUUGUGGUGUUGGGUCGAGCGAAUAAGGCUUGACCGGAAUUUGACGACAUGACAGGUGCUUUUCUUUUUCCCCGGCGGGAACUUGUAUAGGUAGAAGUUUCCCUCUGGGCAAGUUAUGCUUGGUAUAUAAACAAUGGAAGUGAAGACCUUUCUGCUGGCAGGGCAUGCAUGGAGUUGGCCAGUUGGGGUGUGUGAGGUCGCCAAGCAGGGAUGUUGGAUGGUGUACCCCUCUCUGCUUGGAUAUGUGUAUAUUAAGUUUCAAUUCGUUGCAAGUGUGGAAAUUCAUUUACUGAUAAUGUGCUUGAUUUCCUGAAACAAUUUGAAUUAUUCUAGUCCCAUAUUAUCA